AUGGAGGUAGCAAUUUCUAUGGAGCUCGCGGAGAAUGAAGCCCGUAAAUUAAAGGUUGACACGCAGGAUGUUCAUGGACAUGAAAGUGUACACAAAGUAAGUGUAACUAAAGGUAAACCUUGCUACAGGUGUGGAAAAACUAACCAUACUCCAGACCAGUGCUUUUACAAAAAUAGUAAAUGCCACACGUGCAAUGAAAUUGGACAUAUACAUAAAAUGUGCUCAAAAAAGAAAUCAGUCCAACAUAAGAAACAAAAAAGGAAGUCCAAGCUAAAUUUUGUGUCCGAGAAUCAAGAAGAGGAUAACAGUGGAAAUGAACAUUGGCCUAUUUUCUCACUGUCAGGGGAACAUGGAAGGGUCAAGGAGAUAAAGAUAUCAUUGACACUGGAAGAUGAACCCAUAGAAAUGGACUUGGACACUGGCGCUUCUAUAUCAGUGAUAUCGGAACAACAGUACAAGACCAAGUUAGAGCAAAAAGUGACAUUGCGUCCAAGUACUGCUAUUCUGAAAACUUACUCAGGAGAAAUGUUAGGAGUUCUGGGUGAAGUGAAUGUACAUGUGAAAUAUCAGACACAAAAUAAAUUCUUACCAGCAUUAUUUGGUAGGAAUUGGAUGAAAGCUAUAAAACUGGACUGGCAGUCAAUUCAUUUUGUGGCUGGGGAUUUGAAAAAGUAUUCAGUGUUUGAUAACAAACUGGGAUGUAUCAAAGGUGUAACAGCAACCUUGAAAGUCAAGGAGGAUGUUCAACCAAAAUUCUUCAAGCCACGACCAGUGCCAUUUUCUCUGCGUGAUAAGAUAUUUGCUGAGUUAGACCGAUUUGAGCGGACAGGCAUCCUAAAGAAAAUUGAGUGUUCGGACUGGGCAGCGACAAUAGUCCCAGCAAUGAAAGCUGAUGGAUCUGUACGAAUAUGUGGAGACUUUAAAGUUACUGUAAAUCCAUACCUGGAUAUUCCGGAAUACCCUUUUCCGACAAGUGAGGAGUUGUUCACAAAGCUAAAUGGUGGAGAAAAGUUCUCUAAGUUGGACUUAUCUCAAGCUUAUAACCAAGUAGUUUUGGAUGAAGAAUCUAGGAACGCACCAUGGAUACGAUUCUACCAAGGUCUCGACAAAGUUGGAUACAUACUUGAUGAUAUCUUAGUAACCGGUGCAAAUGACAAUGAACACAAACAUAUCUUGGAAAAUACACUUAAACGAUUAGAUAGUUAUGGUGUGAAGUUGCAAAAGUCCAAGUGUCAGUUCAUGCAGGACCAAGUCGAGUACUUUGCCUUUGUGGUGAGCAAGGAGGGAAUUAAACCUUCACCGAAGAAACUUGAGGCAAUUCAGAACAUGGAGGAUCCAAAGUCUAAGAAGGAACUACAGAUAUGGUUGGGAAUUGUGAACUAUUAUCGAAAAUUUAUCCCAAACAUGUCAACACUUAGUGGACCACUUACACAUCUGUUGGCUAAAGAUAUUCCAUGGAACUGGACUCAAGAGUGUUCUGAAGCCUGUGUCAAGGUCAAAGACUUGCUGGUUUCCUCACAGGUAAUGGCUCACUAUGACCCUCACAAACCGCUGGUGUUAGCUGUAGAUGCUUCUGGAUAUGGAUUAGGUGCUGUGAUCUCGCAUACCGAUGGUGUGAAUGAAAAACCUAUUGCAUAUGCUUCACGAACAUUGACCUCAGCUGAGAAAAACUAUUCGCAAAUAGAAAAGGAGGCCUUAGCAAUAAUCUUUGGAGUGACAAAAUUUCAUUCAUAUUUGUAUGGACGGAUGUUCACGUUUAUCACAGACCACAAACCCUUAACUAGCAUAUUUGGACCUAAGAAAGGCAUUCCAAUUCUAACUGCUUCGCGAUUGCAGCGAUGGGCAAUUCAACUGUCAUCUUACCAGUUUGACAUUAAAUAUCGAGCUACUGGGAAACAUCAAAAUGCGGAUACCCUCUCACGUUUUCCAAUGGCGUGUGUUGACCAAGAGUCAAUGACACAGUUUGAUAGAGAGACUGAACAAAUUCACAAAAUACAGAUAAGAAACUUACCUGUGACCGCGGAUAAAGUGGCUGCUGCAAUAAAGAAUGAUGUGGUACUUUCCCGUGUAAUGGAGUUUCCUAAGAGUAGUUGGCCAAGUUUACAACCUGACACUAAUUUGUUACCAUAUUUCCGAGUUCGAAAUGAGCUUACCAUUGAAGAUGGAUGUUUACUUCGAGGGAUCAGAGUGAUUAUCCCCGAAAAGUACAGACAGGAUGUACUGGAGGAGUUACACGUUUCUCAUCCUGGAAUGGUCCGGAUGAAAUCAUUAGCCAGACUUCAUGUAUGGUGGCCCGGAUUGGACUCUGAUAUAGAGACAAAGGUAUCUCAGUGUGGACCUUGUAGAAGUCAGUUACCAAACUUACCAAAGGCUCCAGCAAAUCCAUGGUUAUGGCCUAGUGCACCCUGGAAAAGAGUGCAUAUUGACUUUGCAGGACCUUUCAUGCAACGUAUGUUCUUGAUAAUCGUGGAUGCGUAUUCUAAGUGGAUGGACGUAGUGAUGAUGACUUCUACUACUUCUGAAAAUACUAUCAAUGCAUUACGAUAUAUAUUCUCCUCAUAUGGAUUACCUGUGGAAAUUGUUUCGGACAAUGGACCGCAAUUUGUGUCAGAAGAUUUUGAGAUAUUUCUAAAGGAGAAUGGAGUACGUCACAUCAAGUCUGCACCAUAUCACCCUGCGUCCAAUGGAGAGGCGGAAAGAGCAGUGCGUACCUUUAAGCAGGCAAUGAAAAACAUGGCAAGUGAGACCGGGACUCUGAAUCAGAAACUUGCAGCAUUUUUAUUGUCAUAUCGCACGACACCUCAUACAACUACCAAAACAACACCUGGAGAGUUAUUUCUCAACCGCAAACUACGUACACGACUGGAUGUUGUGAAACCUCACAUGACAGAUCGUAUACAGCGGAAGUCAUUGUCAGCUGAGAAGAAGGUGCGGGAACAUCAGAUCGGUGACAAAGUCAUGGUUCGUGACUAUCGUGGAAGUAAAGUUUCGUGGAUACAAGGGAUCAUUGUGCGAAAACUGGGACCUGUUACUUACCGUGUGAAUAUUUAUGGUAUGUUGUGGAAACGACAUAUUGAUCAGAUUCGUGAAUGUGGUAUGUGUGAGUUAGGCAGUCCGGAAUCCGUGAAACCAAAUCCUUUUAGCAGCAUUGUGCCUGUUAAUGCACCAUUAGAGAGCCAAGGUGAACAAUUAGAUACUCCUUCUAUCGCUGAUGUACCGUCAUGCCAGGAUUCUGUGUCCAAUAAUCCGAUUGUAGAGGACAAUUCCAAACGUUCCGUUGUCAAUGCGCGAAAUUCGGACAAUAAUUCAGUACAACCGCGAUAUCCACGUCGUCAACAUCGCAAGCCUGAAAGACUUAUUGAAAAGUGUUAA